AACUUAAGUAUAUAAAGCUUUACUUACUCAGGUGUAGCGAGCUUUAAAGGAAGAGAAGUUUUCUUUGUAAAUAGUUUGUCCAAAAAAUGGAGUGUGUAACAUCGUUUAUCUUGUUUGGGAUAGUUUUUACUCUCCUUUUAAUCUAUAUAUAUAUGAAGAAAGCUCAUAGUUUUUUUCAACGACUUGGUAUUUCGGGUCCUAAACCUGCUCCCUUUUUUGGAAUCCUCCCAGAAUAUAAGAAAAAGGGUAUAACAGAAUUAGAUUUAGAACUGAUAAACAAAUAUGGUCAUGUUGUAGGGAUUUACCAUGGACAUAAACCUAUAGUACUGGUAGCAGAUCCAGAGAUGAUUAAAGAUAUAUGCGUAACAAAAUUCAACAAAUUCAAAAACAGGAAGGUAAACUUAGACCUAGGACCAUUAUUAAGGAAAACAGUGGCACUGUCUAAUAAUGGUCAAUGGACGUUUUUACGAGAACAUAUAUCAGAAGUGUUUAAGCCAAAUUAUUUGGAGCAGAUAACAGGGAAAGUGUUACAGUCAACCGAGCACCUGAUACAAAACAUUGAAGAGAAGUUAACAGCAGAGAAUGAUUUUGACUUUCAAGAGUUAUGUUUGGCAUUUUCUGUUGACUCACUGUGUAAUAGUUUAUUUGGAUAUAAUGUGAAUUCCUAUAAAGAUAGAGACGACAAGACUGUCAAUAUGAUAAAGAAAGGAUGGAUGGCUGGAACGGCAGGAAUAGCAAGACCUGCAGUGGCUUGUGCUGUAUGUCCAGCGAUGUCAAAGAUAUUUUCUGCAUUCAGUUACAACGCAAUCCCAGCCGAUGUCAGGAAGUUUCUGACAAACCUUGUUACAAAGAAGAUGAAAAAGAGACAUACGGAAGGGGUACGAACAGAUUUACUAUCGUUUAUAAUGACUAGCAGUAGAAGACGUUCAGUCAUAGUAGAUAGUCAAAACAAUACAACAAAAUCAGCCGCUAAUAUGGCUUCAGAUUACAGACUGUCAGAAACAGAGAUCGUUGCAAAUUGUUUAUUCUUUUUUCUGGCUGGCUACGAUACGACAGCUAGUACCGUUGUGUUUACAUUAUAUUGUCUCGCCAAACAUCCGGGCUGUCAAGAUAAAGUAGUUUCAGAAAUAUCUAAUAAUCUAUCUUCUGAAAAUAUGUCAUAUCAUGAGAUAGAUAAUCUACAAUACUUAGAUAUGGUUCUGAAUGAAACAUUACGUUUAUUUCCUACUUAUCUCAGGUAUGGUAGAGCGGUAGGAGAAGAUACAGUCAUUAAAGGAAUCAAAUUUCCUAAAGGAACUGAAAUUCAGUUCCCGAUAUAUGCUAUUCACAGAAAUAAAGAUAACUUUCCUAAUCCUGAAAAGUUUGAUCCUGACAGAUUUAGAAAGGAAAACGUCUCGAAACGACAUCCAAUGUCUUUCAUACCUUUUGGUGCUGGCCCAAGAGAUUGUUUUGGACAAUCAUAUGCUAAACUAGCUGUGAAAGUAGCUGUUGUAUCUUUAAUCCAGAAGUAUAAGUUUUCACUUAGCUCAAAGCAAAAUGAUCCACCCACUUUAGCAAAGACAUUUUAUUUGAGACCAGAGAAUGGGUUGUGGCUCACAGUUGACAGAAGAAUGUGUGAUCUGUAAACUUAAAACAGUUAUAUAGUGUAAAUUAAUGUUAGUGUACCAUGAAUUACUUUACAAAAGGGGUAAUAGUAUGUAAUGCACGUUUCAUUGGUAAACUGCAUGCAUUGUAUAUAUAUGUAUGUUUGUAUAAAAUACAAAUGAGACGGCUGGAAUAUAAAUACAUGCAAUCAUAUCAAAGACAAUCAUCUUCAUUAUGAUCCAUAGUUUUUACAUUAAAAACAAUUGUUUAUUAAAGCUUUUUCACUACUA